AUGGGGCGAGGGGCGGCGGGCGCUGCGCGGCGGUCCCGGCGGGGCGGCGCGGGCGCGGGGCCCCCCCCGCGGGGGAGCCGGCGGGGCCGCGGGCAGAAGGCGGGCGGCCCCCGGGAGCGGGCGCUGCCCCCCGGCCGCGGCCCCUGGGAGCUGGGGGCGCAGAGCGAGCGCUGGGUCGCCUUCCAGGAGCGGCACCGGGUGAGCUGCGAGGAGGCGGCGCGGCUGCUGCUGGACGCCUAUGAAUACAGAGGUUUGGUCAAACACACAGGAGGCUGCCACUGUGGAGCUGUCCGCUUUGAGGUCUGGGCAUCACCAGAUCUGCAUGUUUUUAACUGCAAUUGCAGCAUUUGUACAAAGAAACAGAACAGACACUUCAUCGUCCCAGCUUCGCGUUUCAAGCUGCUGAAGGGUGCUGAAAAUUUGACAACAUACACCUUCAACACACAUCGUGCUCAGCACACAUUCUGCAAAACCUGUGGUGUACAGAGCUUUUAUACUCCCCGCUCUAAUCCAGAUGGUUACGGAAUAGCUCCCCAUUGCCUGGAUGAUGGCACUGUGCACAGCAUCGUCAUAGAGGAUAUCAAUGGCAAGGAGUGGGAGAAGGCAGUGAAGGAACAUAAGACCAUCAGAGGCAUGUCAAAACCCUGACAUUCCUUCCUAGCAGCUGAACCUGGAGCAUUGCCAUGGAGCUGUAGAACUGCAGUUUGGUCAGAGGGUUAACAAAAUCAGUCUCUUUGUUACUGCCACUAUCUGCUUUCUGUUUCUUAAAUAAAUCUUUGUAUGCUGCC